AUGGAGGCCAGCAUCGAACAAGCAGUCAAUCCUAUUCACACCAAAGCGCUGUCUUCCGGGGCAUCCAACUCCUCAAAACUCCCAAGGACAUUCAUUCAGGGAGUUCACGUAGACAGCUACAUGCUUCGCAAAUUCUGUUAUUCUGAUCGUGGUAUUCCUCCGUUUUACGGAAAUGCGGAACCGAAAAUCGAACUACAGACUAAACAGUUGAUUUAUAAAAGGUCGAAUCCGCGGGAAGAGCCGGAAAGUGCCGGGUUGCAUCGACCUGAUGAAAUGAAGUCACGUCUGUCACAGCAUUUUGCGGAAUUGGCCGACGACAAUUACUCUAGCGUAUAUUAUCUGGAAUUGGACCCUUUUAUCAAUGUUCUGAAGCACGACAGUUAUUCUGGCAUAUAUUGG